AUGGUGAAAUUUCACAUACUUGUGAUAUCUCUGGUUGCUUCUGUAUGGUCGCGCGAAGUGCACAGCAUGGAUUGCUCUGAAAUCUGUCGAGUACCAGAAUUGAUAUACCAUUGUUGUCAAUGCAUUGGAUGUCACCAAGGUUUAAGUCCGAAUGCGAUCGCACCAGCGAUUGCUGGAUUACGAUUCGGAAAGAGAUCUGCCUCCUACAGCUCAGAAGCCCAACAAACAGAUUCUAGCUCAGAACCAGUCUCAUCGCGAUAUGUUGCUGUAUUGCCGAGAAGAUGGAUUCUCAGUUCUGUUUUGUAUUGA